GCUGUGAACCACGUGAGCGGCGGGAAUCCCGACCUGCUUUGCGCUCUCCGGCUGCGCUGGAGGAGGCUUCUGGGUUCCGCCAGGACCGCCAUGGGGAAGGUGAAUGUGGCCAAGUUGCGGUACAUGAGCCGGGAUGACUUCAGGGUCCUGACUGCGGUUGAAAUGGGCAUGAAGAACCAUGAAAUCGUCCCCUGCAGUUUGAUCGCUUCUAUAGCCAGCCUUAAACACGGUGGCUGCAAUAAAGUUUUAAGAGAAUUAGUGAAACACAAACUCGUAGCUUGGGAGCGUACCAAAACUGUCCAGGGCUAUCGAUUGACCAAUGCAGGCUAUGAUUACCUGGCUUUGAAAACACUUUGUUCCAGACAGGUAGUUGAGUCUGUUGGAAACCAGAUGGGUGUUGGCAAAGAAUCAGAUAUUUACAUCGUUGCAAAUGAAGAAGGACUGCAAUUUGCAUUAAAGCUUCACAGACUAGGAAGAACCUCCUUUCGAAAUCUGAAAAACAAGCGUGAUUAUCAUAAACACAGGCACAAUGUGUCUUGGCUUUAUUUAUCUCGUCUCUCUGCCAUGAAGGAAUUUGCUUACAUGAAGGCAUUAUAUGAGAGGAAAUUCCCAGUUCCAAAGCCAAUUGAUUAUAAUCGCCAUGCAGUGGUCAUGGAACUCAUAAACGGUUAUCCACUAUGUCAAAUACACCAUGUUGAAGAUCCUGCAUCAGUAUAUGAUGAAGCUAUGGAACUAAUUGUCAAACUUGCAAAUCAUGGGCUGAUUCAUGGAGAUUUCAAUGAAUUCAAUCUCAUUUUGGAUAAAGAUGACCAUAUCACCAUGAUUGAUUUUCCACAGAUGGUUUCAACUUCUCAUCCCAACGCUGAAUGGUAUUUCGACAGAGAUGUUAAAUGCAUUAGAGAUUUCUUUAUGAAACGUUUUGGCUAUGAAAGUGAGCUUUAUCCGACCUUUAGUGAUAUCAGGAGAGAAGAUUCUCUUGAUGUGGAGGUUUCUGCUAGUGGCUACACAAAGGAAAUGCAGGCGGAUGAUGAACUGCUUCAUCCAGUAGGUCCAGAUGAUAAAAGUGUUGAGACAGAGGAGGGAUCUGAAUUCUCACUUUCUGAUGAAGAGGUUCCAGAAAAAGCAGAGAUUUAUAGGUCAGAAAAUGAAAGUGAAGGCAAGUCUGCAGAAGAAUCAGGUGGCAGCAGUUGCAGGUUGUCUGGAGACCUUGAACAAAUAAAGGAAGACAGCUUAUCAGAGGGGAGUACUGAUGCGCACAGUUUUGAACUGACUAGAUUCAGUCAAGCUUUAGAAGAAAUAGAAGGGCAAGUUGCUAAAAACAGUGCUGUAACUGAGCUUUCUGAGGAAAGAAACAGAACUGAGAAUGACGCCAGGCAAGAUGGUCAGAUGGGUCACAAUGGAGUGCCUGCUGGCUCCGAAGAGUGUGAAGAUGAAUGCCCUCAUCUGAUUGGCUUGUCGUCAUUAAACAAAGAGCUCAGGCCUUUCAGAGAUGAAGAAAAUAUGGACGAUAUUAAUAAUUAUAGAAGAAGAACUCUCAGUAUUACUUCUGCAGGCAGUGUCGUAAGUUGUUCAACUAUCCCUCCAGAACUGGUGAAACAGAAGGUGAAACGUCAGUUGACAAAACAGCAAAAAUCAGCUAUCAGACGUCGAUUGCAGAAAGGAGAAGCAAAUAUAUUUACCAAGCAACGGAGAGAAAACAUGCAGAAUAUUAAAUCAAGUUUGGAAGCUGCUAGCUUUUGGGGAGAAUAAUAUAUUUAAGAUGUUGAACACUGUUUAAGUUACCUUCAGUCUUUUGUGGACCAAGCCAAUGUAUAAAUAGAUAAAUAAACCCACUUUCAUCUA